UCAGAAAAGCGGCGGACCGUAAAGAUGGUGCCGGUCCUGUUCAGGUGUUUUUCUCGGCUGCCCUCCUCAGGGGUUCUGGCUCGGUUCGCUUUAGCCCGGAACCUGGUUCUGGGUCACCGCUGCUGUCUGGUCCGGACCGGUAACCUCCGGGCCGAACGGUCCUACAGUUCGGACCGGAACCGGAACCAGCAGAAGGUCGUUGUGGUCGGAAUUCCCAACCCGUUCAUCUGGUUCCGGACCCGGAUCUACUACUUCCUGAUCAGAACCUACUUUGAUAAAGAGUUCAGCAUCGAGGAGUUCAUGGAGGGAGCCAAGCAGGCCUUCUCUCAUGUCUCCAACCUUCUGUCUCGGUGUCGCUUUGAAGAUCUGGACGGACUGGUGGCCAAAGACCUGAUCGGGAAGCUGGAGGAGAAAUGCAGCGCUCUGCCGUCUGACCACCAGGAGGCGCUGUCAGCAGAACCGGACCAGAUCAUGUACAGCACGCCCGGCGACGUGGGCAUCUUCUACGACGACGACGGCAGGAAGUUCGUCAGCAUCCUGAUGCGGUUCUGGUACCUGACCAGCGCCCGGCUUCCUGACGACAGCGUGGAGGGAACCCGCCUCUUUAAGGUCGCCAUCGGAGAUGGAGAACCGGAAACCAAGAGGCUCCUCACCGCCAUUUACGAGUUCCAGAGGGAGUUCACCAAGGGGGUUCCUCCAGACUGGACCAUAACUCGGAUAGAACACUCCAAGCUCCUGGACUAGCAGGACGGGUCCGAUUCCCCAUCAGAACUCAGAGAGACCCUCCUGGGCUCCUCCUCACAAGGAGAACCACAGAGGAGCAGCAGAUAUGAUGCCAGAACCUCCUGAACCGGAAAGACAGGAGGCG